AUGCCCAAAUCAGCCGUGCCCACCACUCCGCCCCUGCUCGAUUUCCUGACCACGUCCAAGCAGGCCUUCUUGGACUCGCUCCACCAGCCCGGCGCCGACUUGUCCGAGUGGACCAUCGCAGUCGGCAAUGAAGCAGGAGGUCAGUCCAGUCCGACUGGUGGUGUAUAAUGUCUUUGGCCCUUACCUGAAAGCCAUCCCGUUUCGUACAGACCUCGACUCGUUGGUCUCUUCGAUCGCGUUCGCCUACUUUCUUCACAUCAUCACCCCACCCAAAUCGCUCUCGGUGCCCCUGAUCAUGACCGCCCGAUCGGACCUCUACCUCCGACCCGAGAAUCAGUUCGCACUCGAACAGGCCAACGUCCCCGCUGAGGCCUUGCUCUGCAUCGAUGACAUCCCCGAUCCCGCCGCGCUCGCAGCCAGAGGCGCCAACUUUGCCCUCGAUGACCACAACGUCCUCUUGCCCGUGUUUCGCUCAGAAUCAAAGACCCCCUCUACAUCAGGCAAACCGUCAUGGGACAGCUCCGUUACGGCCAUUAUCGACCACCACGCCGAUGAAGGGAAGCACGCCUCCGCCGAACCUCGUCUGAUCGAACCCGCCGGAUCCUGCACCUCCUUGGUCCUCUCCUACUUCUCCCCCCUCCUACCCCCCGAAUACGCCGUCUCGGUGCCGACCCCGCUCGCCGAUCUCCUCCUCUCCACAAUAGCCAUCGACACCUCCCUCAAACCGUCGACGAACGGAGGUAAAGCCACACCCAAGGACCUCGCCGCCGUUCAAUUCCUGCUCCCCCUCAGCUCGUUCCGCUCCGGAAGUGCAGCGCCCAGUGCCGUCAUCGGACCUUCUAUGACGGCCUUGAUCGCUCGUCAUCAAGUCCUCAUGAGGAAAAAGACCGAUAUCUCUUCGAUGACUGGUAGAGAUCUCUUACGCAGGGAUUACAAACAGUAUCAAGAAUCAGGGUGGAGAUAUGGUCUUUCGACCGUUCCUUUGGGAUUAAAAUCAUGGCUCCAAAAGGAUCAAGCGCAGGGACGCGAAGGGUGGCAGGGGAUAGAACAGGACCUUUCAGGUUGGAUGAAGGAAAGGAACUCUUCUUUUGCGGGGAUUCUGACUUCCUUCUCCGAAUUCAAUGAGGAGAACCCGGAAGGGAAAGCGGUGCACGCGAGGGAAAUCGUACUUUAUGUUGGGGGGAGGGGGACAAGGUUGAACGGUUGAGGGAGGUCUUGUUCACGGGCUUGCAAGACGAUCAAGUGCUCAAGGUGGAGAAUUGGAAAGGAGGGGCUGUGGAGGGGCUGAAGGAUGAGCGGGGGUGGAGGGUUUGGUCACAGGGUGAGUUUCGCACUCUUGCCAAAUUGGCCGGUUGAUCAGCUUUUCAUUUUUGGGAUGAUUUACUGGACUGAUGCACCCCUUGUUCUCUUUAUGCCCUCUGUAGGCAACGCCAGAGCAACAAGAAAACAAGUGGCCCCCGUCAUAAAGGGGUUAUUGGCUCGGUUAUGA